GGAAGAGAUACCGGCAUCAGAUAUUACAUUACUCAUCUCCUGGGCACCUGAUCCUCCUUUGGAGUUUCUGAUCACAACUGUUCUCUUGACAGCAUGGAUGUGGAAGAAGAUGAUUUGUCUCUGCUGACAUCUCUGCUAGAGGAGAAUGAGUCAGCCUUGGCUUGUAGUGUAGAAGAAAAUAACUCCUUGCCCCAGGAAGAUGGUGAGCAUGUAUAUGAUGAGCUUUUUGAUGCUGAUGGUGACGGUGAAUCUUACACAGAAGAGGCUGAGGAGGAAGUGGGGAAGACAGAAGAGCAGAAGGAAAAUUUGGCCACUCUCUUUGGAGAUGUGGGGGACUUAACAGAUGAAGAAGUUCCCACAUUGCAACCAACUGAAAACAGGGUCCUCACUGCUCCUGCCCAGAAGCAAGAGAAAACCAAUCAGGAGUUGCAAGAUGAAUUAAGGAAGUUGCAAGAGCAAAUGAAGUCAUUACAAGAACAGCUAAAAGCAGCAUCAAUUAAACCGCCUGCAAGUCCAGUCAUUCUUCAUAAAUCCCCUGAAGCUAAGUCUCCACGGCCCCCUCUUAAAGAGAAGAAAGUUCAGAGAAUUCAGGAAUCAACAUGCUUUUCUGAAGAACUUGAGGUCCCUGUUCUACACAGAACCAAGCGGCUGGCUCGGACACCCAAGACUUCUCCUAUAGAGCCCAAAAUCACAUCUUCAAGGAAGACAAAUGCUCCCUCUGAACCACUACGAAUGAUUCCUGGGAAUAAACCCAGUCAAAUAACUAGAGAUCAGAGCUCAAGGACCCCAGGAAGUUCUGUUGAACCAGCUCCACAGGUCUCUGUGGAAGCCUUCUCUGGCCUGCGGCUCAGGCGACCUCGAGUGUCCUCCACAGAAAUGAACAAGAAAAUGAUUGGCCGAAAACUGAUCAGACUGUCUCAGAUCAAGGAAAAGAUGGUGAGCGACAAGCUGGAAGAAAUAGACUGGGUGACAUUUGGAGUUAUAUUGAAGAAAAUCACUCCACAGAGUUCUAACAGUGGAAAAACAUUUAGCAUCUGGCGACUAAAUGAUCUUCGUGACCUGACCCGGUAUGUGUCAUUGUUCUUGUUCGGAGAAGUUCACAAGGAGCUCUGGAAGACGGAGCAGGGUACUGUCAUAGGUUUGCUCAAUGCUAACCCCAUGAAACCCAAGGAUGGCUCAGAGGAGCUGUGCUUAUCAAUUGAUCAUCCUCAAAAGGUCUUAAUUAUGGGUGAAGCUCUGGACCUAGGAACCUGUAAAGCCAGGAAGAAGAAUGGAGAACCAUGUACACAGACUGUUAAUUUGAGUGACUGUGAAUACUGUCAGUAUCACAUCCAGGCUCAGUACAAGAAGCUUAGUGCAAAGCGAGCAGAUCUGCAGUCCACCUUCUCCGGAGGACGAAUACCAAAGAAGUUUGCCCGCAAAGGCACCAGCCUCAAGGAGCGGCUGUGUCAGGAUGGCUUCUACUAUGGGGGAGUGUCUUCUGCAUCCUACGCAGCCUCCAUUGCAGCAGCCAUUGCUCCUAAGAAGAAGAUUCAAACCACGCUGACUAAUCUGGUUGUCAAGGGCACAAGCACGAUCAUUCAGGAGACGAAGCAAAAACUCGGAAUACCCCAGAAGAGCUUGUCUUGCUCCGAGGAGUUCAGAGAAUUGAUGGCCCUGCCAACGUUUGGAGCCAGAAACUUAAAACAUUUAGCCAAAGCCACAUCUUCAGGACUCCUGGGGAGCCCUAAACCUGCCAUCCAGUCUAUCUCGGCAUCAGCCCUCUUGAAGCAACAGAAGCAACAGAUGUUGGAGAUGAGGAAGAGGAAAUCGGAAGAAAUACAGAAACGAUUUCUCCAAAGCUCAAGUGAAGUUCAGAGUCCAGCUGUGCCGUGCUCAUCUGGACAGCCCCCUGCCCAGUCUCCACAAACAGGGGCCAAGUUCCCCAGGCUGCAAGGAGCCCUGGCCCCUCAGAUGCCCAAGCUCGGGCGAGGCAUCUCAGAAGGGGAUGAUGUUCUCUUUUUUGAUGAGUCGCCGCCACAGAGACCAAAGCUGAGUGCGGUAGCAGAGGCCAAAAAGGUAGCUGCUAUUGCCAAAUUAAGGGCAAAAGGCCAGAUUCUUACAAAAACAGAUCCAAACAACAUUCUAAGGAAGCAGAAGGAACCCCAAGAUGUCCUGGAAGUGAAGGAACGUGUAGAAAAGAACACUGCAUUUUCUCCUGAAGGUGAGGAUGAAUUGGAACCUGCCAGAAAGAAAAGGAGAGAGCAGCUGGCCUACCUGGAAUCUGAGGAAUUCCAAAAAAUUCUACAAGCAAAGUCAAAGCACACACACAUCGUGAAAGAGACCGAGGCUGAACUGCAGGAAUGCUAUUUCGAGCCACUGGUGAAAAAAGAACAAAUGGAAGAAAAAAUGAGAAACAUCAGAGAAGUGAAAUGUCGAGUAGUGACAUGCAAGACGUGCGCCUACACCCACUUCAAGCCCCUGGAGACCUGUGUCAGCGAGCAGCACGACUUCCACUGGCAUGACGGUGUGAAAAGGUUCUUCAAGUGUCCCUGUGGAAACAGGGCCAUCUCCCUUGACCGGCUCCCGAACAAGCACUGCAGUAACUGUGGCCUCUAUAAAUGGGAACGAGAUGGAAUGCUAAAGGAGAAGACUGGUCCGAAGAUAGGAGGAGAAACACUGUUGCCAAGAGGAGAAGAACAUGCCAAAUUUCUGAACAGCCUAAAGUAG